AUGAUGGAUGAAGGGACGAAAAAACCUAAAUAUAAGUCUCCGAGUACGAUUCGAUCUCGAAAAAACCGCUCUGCCAAGAAGAAUCUUGAACAAAAAGACCGACUCCCACCCAACAACCGUAGCGCAAAGAUAGCCGAACUUACUGAGCUCUAUGGACUGCCGCCCAAAACCAAAUUCCUGUUCUUCAAGAAAGGACAAAAAAAACCUAUGUUUCGUAUCUACUUUGGAACCGUCGUAUGCCUCGAUGCCGACACCUGUCAGCUACUCUUAGUUGCGCGAUUUGUCGAGCGCACUUCGGAAAAUCGGGGUCUCUUCGAAAAUUACAACCACGCGAUCCCCACUGUCUACCAACACGCCAGAGCACGUGGACUCGUCAAGCUAAAUGGAGCUACGAAGAAGGCUCGGGCAAAUCGACGAAAGUAUGGCAAGAUGUGGGCUGCUGGAUUCAGGCCUGGCUGCGAUGCGGUUGUAAAAGCAGGCACAUACACUUUUAACCCAACCACAAGCGCGAGUCUUUGGCGAAUGCAGGAAGAUCUUGCUCGACAAGGAAAUCUGCCGGCCAUCGAGGAUUUCUUCGCAGAACACUUUUCUGGACUAUCUUCAUACACCUUCAAAUCUAACGCCGAACUCGCGUCAAGCGCUGGGGUUCCUUCGUGGGCAGGGCACUCAUUCUACGUGUCAUCUAACGCACAGGUGUUUGCAUCGAACAUAGUGGUCACUUGUGACGAGUUUGUCAAUCAGAAACACACGGACUUCGAUGCUACACAGUAUGCCUUCGGAUUUUUCGCACGCAUCAAUCGUAAAACUGGAAGAUUAUACUCCCGUCAAAAUGAUGUGAAUAAAGGCGAUUCUGUUGGUGCUCGCUUUAUUCUGGACGACUACAGAAUCAUGGUCGACUAUGACGCAUGUGAUGGAGUGGUUGAGAUGCUCUGGAGUAGCAAAAUUCACCAUCAUACUACUUCAUCUGCGACGUACAACGCCAAAAAUGUCAAGGUCGUCCCCUCAAGAGGAAAUAUCACUCGGUUUGGUUGUGCAUGCCAGGUCUCUCAACGUCUGGUGGAUAGGAUUACUCAGGUCAAUGACAUGCGCGGUAACAUGACUGAUGAGAAGUGGUUCAAGUUUCGCGCUACUCUUAUGACUGGGUACCCAGAGGAAGCACGUAAGAAAAUGGCUCGGCUCGCUGAAAAACAUGGCAUUGAUGACUUUAGUUUGGCACUCUCUUCGUGA